AUGGCGGCUGAGCAGACUGAGAAGGCGUACCAGAAGCAGCUUGGCGUGAACGUCGGCUUCGGCCCCAAGGGCAAGAAGGCGCGUCCCGGCAAGAACGGUACCCGCUACUACAAGAACGUCGGUCUUGGCUUCAAGACCCCGCGUGAGGCUAUCGAGGGCACCUACAUCGACAAGAAGUGCCCCUUCACCGGUAACGUGUCCAUCCGCGGCCGCAUCUUGACCGGCCUCGUGAAGACCCACAAGAUGAACCGCACCCUCAUCAUGCGCAUGGACUACCUCCACUACAUUAAGAAGUACCAGCGUUACGAGAAGCGCCACACCAACCUCCCGGCGCACAUCUCCCCCUGCUUCCGCGUCAAGGAGGGUGACACCGUGGUCGUGGGCCAGUGCCGCCCUCUCUCCAAGACUGUCCGUUUCAACGUCCUCAAGGUCAUUCCUUCCGGUUCCAAGAGCGGCAAGUCCUUCGCUGCGCACUAA